AACCAUUUGAUAAGUCGAAAUGGAUAAAGCGCUCUGUUUGCUUCUGCUGGCCACUUGGGAGUUCUGUCCACCCAACGCUCCAAUCCCGCAAAAUGCCAUCUUAGCUGGUCACGAUACGGAUGGUUCUCCGCUUUACGUAGGGCGCGCGAUUUACAAGGAUGAUCAACUACCAGGGAAGGUGGCAGCGAACAGGCAUCUGGCCUAUGUCAGCUACGGAGGCCGGGAGCAUACGAAAUCGUCGUUUGAGGUGCUGGUCAACGGCAACGUGUCGUGGGUACGGUCUGGGUUUGGCGAAGUACCACGUAACGCCAUUGUGGGUGGCCGCACCACGAGCGAUGAGCCAAUGUACAUAGGUCGUGCAAAUUAUCAGGGUAGCCUGACACCAGGCAAAAUUUCCCAGCGCGACAGGGCGCUUUACAUUGCGUACGGCGGUAGGGAAAUCUAUAUCAGAAACUAUGAAGUCCUGGUAGAGAAUUAA